UGGAAGAAUGCUGGAGGAGACAGAGCUCCUCCCAUUUCUCACAGCCACCUCCUACACUUAAAAAUGCUUCCAACUGCCUCCCAGCACACAACCAAGGGAGAAAACUAUUCUGUCAAGAGACGGUGCCAAAAGGCAAAAACAAAGGAACUGAUGGCAAAGAAAGUAGCUGUGAUCGGAGCUGGGGUCAGUGGCCUCAUUUCUCUGAAGUGCUGUGUGGAUGAGGGACUUGAGCCCACUUGCUUUGAGAGAACUGAAGAUAUUGGAGGAGUGUGGAGGUUCAAAGAGAAGGUGGAAGAUGGCCGAGCAAGCAUCUAUCAAUCUGUCGUUACCAACACCAGCAAAGAAAUGUCCUGUUUUAGUGACUUUCCAAUGCCCGAAGAUUUUCCAAACUUCCUGCAUAAUUCUAAACUUCUGGAAUAUUUCAGGAUUUUUGCCAAAAAAUUUGAUCUGUUAAAAUAUAUUCAGUUCCAGACAACUGUCCUUAGUGUGAGAAAAUGUCCAGAUUUCUCAUCCUCUGGCCAAUGGAAGGUUGUCACUCAGAGCAAUGGCAAGGAGCAGAGUGCCGUCUUUGAUGCAGUUAUGGUUUGCACUGGCCACCACUUUCUACCUCAUAUCCCACUGAAGUCAUUUCCAGGUAUCGAGAGGUUCAAAGGCCAAUAUUUCCAUAGCCGCCAAUACAAGCAUCCAGAUGGAUUUGAGGGAAAACGCAUCCUGGUGAUCGGAAUGGGAAACUCGGGCUCCGAUAUUGCUGUUGAGCUGAGUAAGAAUGCUGCUCAGGUUUUUAUCAGCACCAGGCAUGGCACCUGGGUCAUGAGUCGUGUCUCUGAAGAUGGUUAUCCUUGGGACUCGGUGUUCCACACCCGGUUUCGUUCUAUGCUCCGCAAUGUACUGCCACGAACAGUUGUAAAAUGGAUGAUAGAACAACAGAUGAAUCGGUGGUUCAACCAUGAAAAUUAUGGCCUUGAGCCUCAAAACAAAUACAUUAUGAAGGAACCUGUACUAAAUGAUGAUGUCCCAAGUCGUCUACUCUGUGGAGCCAUCAAGGUGAAAUCUACAGUGAAAGAGCUCACAGAAACUUCUGCCAUUUUUGAGGAUGGAACAGUGGAGGAGAACAUUGAUGUCAUCAUUUUUGCAACAGGAUAUAGUUUCUCUUUUCCCUUCCUUGAAGAUUCACUUGUUAAAGUAGAGAAUAAUAUGGUCUCACUGUAUAAGUACAUAUUCCCUGCUCACCUGGAGAAGUCAACCUUCGCAUGCAUUGGUCUCAUCCAGCCCCUAGGUUCCAUUUUCCCAACUGCUGAACUUCAAGCUCGUUGGGUGACAAGAGUUUUCAAAGGCUUGUGUCACCUGCCCUCAGAGAGAACUAUGAUGAUGGACAUUAUCAAAAGGAAUGAAAAAAGAAUUGACCUGUUUGGAGAAAGCCAGAGCCAGACGUUGCAGACCAAUUAUGUUGACUACUUGGAUGAGCUCGCCUUAGAGAUAGGUGCGAAGCCAGAUUUCUGCUCUCUCUUGUUCAAAGAUCCUAAACUGGCUGUGAGACUGUUUUUCGGACCCUGCAACUCCUAUCAGUAUCGCCUAGCUGGGCCUGGGCAAUGGGACGGAGCCAGAAGUGCCAUCUUCACCCAGAAACAAAGGAUACUGAAGCCACUAAAGACUCGGGUCCUGAAGGAUUCAUCUAAUUUCCCAGUUUCCUUUCUGUUGAAAAUCCUGGGCCUUGUUGCUGUUGUUGUAGCCUUUUUCUGCCAACUUCAAUGGUCCUAGUCAGCAUAACACUUUGGGCUUUAUUAUCUUGUCAGUCACUACCUCCUAAA